GGCGGCAGGCUGCAGCUGUGGCGACGCGCUCGGGGCCCGUCUCCGCGGCGCUCCCGGUAGCCAUGUACCGCAGUGGCUCCCGCUCCUCUGUCUCUUCGCACCGGCCGAAAGACGGCGGCGGGAGCGGCCCGCGAUCCAGCAGCCGUCCCGCGGGCUCCUCCUCAGGCCCGGCGCGCCGCCCCUCGUCGCCGCCGCCCUCUUGCUCCUCGCUGCGGCUCCCCUCCCGCCGGCACCGCUCGCCCUCAGGCCACCGCGGCCGCCGGGCCUCGCCGUCCCCGCCUCGGGGUCGUCGCGGCUCCCGGUCCCCGGCCCGUGGCCACCGGGCCUCGCCGUCUCCUCCUCGGGGCCGGCGGGCCUCGCCGUCCCCUCCGCGGGGUCGUCGUGGCUCGCCGUCCCCUGCGCGGGGUCGUCGUGGCUCCCCGUCCCCGCCGCGCGCCCGUCGUGGUUCCCCGUCGCCACCGCGGAGCCGGCGCCUUUACCCGCCGGGCCUGGCUGGCUUCCGAGGCAGCAUUCGAGGCGAGUCCCGCGCCGACUUCGCCCGGGACGGCCGCGGAGACCAUCCAGGCGAUGGCGGCAGUCGGAGACAUUCUCCUGGUCUGUGCUCUGAUUCUUCUUUGGAGCAGAGUUUAAGGAUCACAGUUGGCAAUGACCACUUCUGUGCUAGCACGCCAGAGCGGCGUCGGCUCAGUGAUCGGCUGGGGUCUCCAGUGGAUGGUCUGGAGGACGUUGGCAGGAAUGAUCUGACUGAUGAUUCCGUCUUUACUCGGAGCUCCCAGUGUUCUCGGGACCUUGAACGGUACAUUGCUCGGGAGGCGGGGCCACUUAAUCCCUUCUUGGGACAACCUGAUGAAGACUACCGACCAAGAGAACCUUUUCUUCAUCGAUCUGAAUACAGUCCCCAUGUCAGUUGUCAUGAUGAGCUGUUGAGGGGAGCAGAGCGGAACAGAGACAAACUCAAAAGCUCCUCCUACUCCACACGAUCUGAGGAAAGAAGCCGGGAGGCUAAAAGGCCCCGUUACGAUGACACAGAGAAGAUGCAUGGCAUAGGAGAUCACUCAAGUUUUACAUCUGGGACUCGCAGCUAUCGACAACGAAGAAGCAGCCCUAGCUUUCUAGACCCUGAGUUUCGAGAACUGGACCUUGCCAGGAGAAAGCGAGAGGAAGAGGAGGAACAGAAUAGAAGCUUGAAUCAGGAGCUGGUGGGUGUUGAUGCUGAUCAGGCUGGCUGUUCCGCCAUCCCUGGGUUGUCAGGUGUCCUAACAACAGGGGAGCCAGGAUAUUCUUUGCAUCGCCCUGAGGAAGUGCCUGUGAUGCCCAAGAAAUCCAUUCUGAAGAAACGAAUUGAAGUGGACACGAAGCCUUCGUUGCAGCUUGAGAGCUUUUCCAGUGGUACCAGCUCCAGCCAGGAUCGCCCUCUCUAUCCUGAACAUCCACCUCUUCCUCUAAGUGGUGCUAUUGCUGCUUUUGCUUCAGAGAUGGAAAACAAGGGAACUACAGUAGAGCCUGACCAGAAGGAAGUUCAGGCUAACCUGUACCAGUGGGGUCCCCUCCGUGAGAUACCUAAAGACAACAGUGAAAAAGCUGACAGUUUUCUGUGCUAUAAGGAAAAACUGGAUUUGAAGGCCGAGGGACGUGAGCAGCAUACAGACUUCUUACUGCCCCAUGAGAGAGCUAGUCAAGAUGGCAGUGGCUUUUCUCGAAUUUUAAGCAUGUUGGCAGAUCCUACCAGUACACAGGAGAAAAGACGACGUAGUUUCCCUGAUAUUGAGGAUGAGGAGAAAUUUCUCUAUGGGGAUGAAGAGGAGGAUAUAAAAUCAGAUUCUCCACCUAAGUCCCUCAGGGACCCUGAGAGUAAAGGUGUGAGACAGAAGGCAAGCUCUCUGCCUUCAACUCCAGCCAUAAAGCUAGAAUCACUAGAAGAGAGCAAUCCAGAAUAUGCCAAGAUUCAUGACUUGCUUAAGACCAUAGGACUGGAUAUCGGAGUAGCAGAAAUUAGCCAAUUGGCUGCACGCACCCAGGAGCGACUUCAUGGCAAGAAGUCUUCAUCCCGCUCCUUAGCUGACCGACGUUCAUCUGCUGACCGACACUCAUCUGCUGACCGCUGUUCCUCAGUUGACCACAGUUUCACAACUGAUGGGCACUCAUCAGACCCUCACAGCCUGGAGAGUAGGGAGGCACACAGCAAUACUCACUCCCCAGAAGUAUCCCAUCCACACCCAGCCUCCCCAGUGGAUCCUUACCUGCUCACAAAAAACAGCCCUCCAUUCCUAAAGUCUGACCAUCCAGUGGGUCACGUUUCAGGACCAGAGGCAGUUGGCAGUGGGUUUCAGUCAUCUGUUGCUGCUAGGUGCAUGCUGCCGUCAGCCCCAGCUACCCCGAUUAGACUUCCGCACUCGGCUUCUUUAUCCCAGUUUCAUAUACCAAGGGCCCCUCAGUUUGCUGCAGCUCGGAUAGCACCAAACUACCAGGGACCUGUCAUUCCCUCUGCUUCCUUUGAUGCUUAUCGGCAAUACAUGACGUAUGCAGCAUCAAGGUGGCCCAUGUACCCUGCCUCUCAACCAUCAAGCCACCCUUUACCUGAGGCACACAGGCUAAUACCAGCAACCAAACAAGCUACUCGUAGUCGUCCUAAUCUUCGUGUGAUCCCCACUGUGACUCCUGCAAAGCCCAAACAAGGAGUAUCAGUGCUAGGCUCAGUGUCUGUUAAGCGAGUUCCUGUUCGGGUGUCCAUUCCAUCACUUGUAAGAUACAAUCCAGAGAAGAUCUCUAACGAGAAGAACCGUGCCUCCCAGAAGCAGAAGGUUAUUGAAGAGAGGGAAAAAUUGAAAACCGACCAGGAAGCCCGGCAGAAGAAAAUGUUUUAUCUCAGGACUGAGUUGGAGCGGCUUCAUAAACAACAAGGGGAGCUGUUGCGGAAGAAACGAAGGGAGAAGGAUGGUCACAGAGACCCACUUCUGAUGGAGGUGGGUCGGCUUCAGGACAGCAUUAUGAAGGACAUUGCAGAGCUACACAGAGAGACAGAAGAAGCAGAAAAGAAGCAGUCUGAACUGGACAAAGUGGCCCAGAUCCUGGGAAUUGACAUCUUUGACAAAUCUCUGAAAUCGUCAAAUGACAGUAAAGAGUCUACAGAGAAGCCUGAAAAAGGAGAACAAUCUAAAAGCCCAGAAAAGGAGUUGUCACCCUCAAGCAGUUCCUCCAGCAACAAGGAAUCAAGCGUAAAUGAAAAGUCCUGUAUUAAGAACCCUAAUUCUACUGAGAGCCUCCAGCCAACUCCUAAGCAGUCUGAUCAGCCUGCUCCUGUUUAUGAGUAUUAUGAUGCUGGCAGUCACUGGUGCAAAGACUGCAACACCAUCUGUGGGACCAUGUUCGACUUCUUCACCCAUAUGCACAAUAAGAAGCACACGCAGACACUGGAUCCCUACAACAGACCUUGGGCUUCAAAGACCCAGAGUGAGGCUAAGCAAGACCCUGUAAAGCGAACUGACAAGAUAACUGUUCCUGCAAAAGGCUCUGAAUUUCUGAUUCCCAUCACUGGAUUUUACUGCCAACUUUGUGAGGAAUUUUUGGGGGAUCCAAUUUCUGGAGAGCAACAUGUGAAGGGUCACCAGCACAAUGAGAAAUACAAGAAAUAUGUGGAAGAAAACCCAUUGUAUGAAGAACGAAGAAAUCUAGACCGCCAAGCUGGCUUGGCUGUCGUCCUGGAGACAGAGCGACGACGGCAAAAUGAGCUAAAGCGCAAACUUAGUGAGAAGCCAAAGGAGGAGAAGAUAGAAAAAAAGGCAAAAACUGUGAAAGAAGCAAAGGAAGAUGACAAAGCCUCUGGAGAGGUAGAGGACCAACUCUCUGAGGGUGGGAAUUCCCCUGAGAAAGGUGAAAUUAAAACAAAUGCUAGCCCCAAACUUCAAGUAAAAGAAGAAGUAAAGAAAGAAUCAUCAAUAGCAUCUUCUUUUGGGAAGUUCAGUUGGAAGAAGCCAGAAAAAGAAGAAGAAAAAAGUUCAGUGUUGGCUCUAAGUACCCCUAAGGAAGAUAAUGUGGAAAACAGUAAGGACAAAGAUGAUGGAAAAACUGAAGUUGGAAAGGCAAAGCCCAUCAAAAUCAAGCUUUCUGGGAAAACCGUUGUUGCACAUACCAGCCCCUGGACACCUGUUGUUACAACUUCAACGCAGACUAAGAUCCGACCCAACCUGCCUAUCCCAUCCACAAUACUCCGCAAGUCAGGUUCAGCCCCCGUGAGCAAGCCUGCUCCUCUGAACACCUUUCUGUCUAUCAAGUCCUCUGGGACCUCUGCCAAGCCUCUGCCCGUGGUUAAAGAAUCGUCCUCGGAUCUUCUCUUGCCUCCAGAUAUCAUCUCCAAAGCUUUUGGAGGGGAAGAGGUGGUUCUGAAAGGGUCUCCAGAGGAAAAAGUGGAGCUGGCUGAAAAGAACGAGUCAUCCCACGUACCUGAGCAAAUGUUGGCUCUACUGCCACCACCACCACCACCACCUCCACCUCCACCUCCACCACCUCUGGUUAUACCUCAUCUAUCUGCCCCCUCUCCUGCUCAAGCAAAUGUUGUCUUAACCCCAGUAAAAUCCACUUCAGGUUUAUCUCAGACUCUCAGUCUUGGCUCUCAAGGUCCUAACAUUUUAAAGCCAGGGUUGCCUGUGACCUUCAUGGCUGCAGAACAACCAGCUGCCAUUCCUUCUGAUGAGACAGCUCCUGGGGUGAGUGAGAGUGACCGGGACCAGACCCUAAUCUCUAUUUUAGUACGGCCUCCACCACCCCUCUCAAGUGUAUUCAGUAAACAGGCCAAAAAAUUAGAAAAACGAAACUCAUGCUUAGCCACAGCCAAUGCUAAGGACCUGUAUGACAUAUUUUACAGUAGUGGUGGAAAGGGGGCCCAUGAGACUAAGCUGAGUAGUAGUCCGCUAGCCAAUGGGGAAAACAACGGCCUCUCUAGGACGGGAAGUUCAGAUAUCUCCACCACUUCUGAUCUGAACAGUGGUGUGUCCCCAGAGGGCCUGCCUGCAGAGAGUGGCUUGGUCACUCCUCCUGUAAUCAGCAAACUUGACAAUCCCAUUUCAAAAGGACUAGUGUCCAUAGGGAAAUGGUCCGUUGUAGAUCAUAUAGACCCCAAAAGCAGAGACAGCAGCUAUAGCUUCCUACAGCCUCUGACAAGAUUAUACCAAAAUAGGCCCUAUGAAAUGGUUACCCAAAAGACAGACACUUUGGCCAUAUGGACUUCUGGUUCCUUCCAGAAUAACACUGAUAAGGACAGACCCCUAGAGGGGAAAAUCAAACUUGACCUGGGAGAGCCGGGGCCACUUGGUACAGACUCAGCUUCUCAUCUGUCAGAUACACUCUGUCAUACCAAGGGACCUCAGACGUUGGUAGAAAUUAAUCUCAUAGAGAACCAGAACAAGACUCAAGAGCCGUGUCAGUCUGAGGAUUGUAGAGAAAGCCAAGAGGGGAGAGACCCUGAAGUAAAAGGAAAGGUAGCAGCUGAAGAAGGAUCAGGCGCCAGCACUGGGCUCCACAGCAUAGAAGACUCUAAUGUGAACCAUGGCAAUGGAGACGCAUGGGAAGGAGAAAUAGGACAACCCCAGCUGUCAACCAGUGAGGCACAACAGUCUAGGGAAGUGAUGAUAGGACGUGAAAAUACAACUAAAGUAGUCACUGAAUUGAGUCAGUCAGUCUCUUCCAAAAGGGCAAAACCAGACUCAUUUCCAACGUUGCUCCAGAAUCCACAAGAUGUGCCUGAAUUACUUCUGCCCCCAGCUGCAUCAGGUACGUGCUUAAAGAGACAAGAGACUUGGGAGAGCCCAAAGAAACCAGGAGUGGAAGCUGUGGGGCUGCAAGAUACCUGUCCAGCACUAACAGUGACAACAGAAAGCAAAGCUUGGGAAGACGUUGAAGCUGCACACUUAAAAGAAGAGGGGCUUGCUGCCCCAAGGGAUCUGGGGGAUGUGCGUGCUGAUAUCUGCAGUACUCAGAGAUCACCAACUGCCCUGUCACAGAAAAUGUGUGAAGAAAAUUCUGUGUUAUCUGUAAUGUGUAAUCCUUCCAGUCCCAGUGACUUUGGUCCAAUACCAUCUUUUUCUGGGUUUCCAUUAGAAUCUCCCAAGACUUUGGUGCUUAAUUUUCAAACAGAAGGUGAACGUAGCUCAUCUAACUCCAGAAAUGGGAGAAUCACCUCUAGCUGUUUGGAACCUGGACACCCCAUGGGAAAUGUUGACCGAGACUUAGGAGGUGAGAGGACACAGCAGGCUCUUGAUCUAUUGGCUGGGGGAAUGUUGUCUGAGGAAGUAAAAGAAACUUCACAACUGCAGAAAGACUUACUCAGAAUGGAAUCCACAGCAGUCAGCCCUGCAGGCCUUGGACCGUCUCCCUGCCUUCCAGACCUUGUUGAUUUUGUCACAAGGACAUCUGGAGUUCCAAAAGAGAAACCAUUUUCUCCACUCUCUGAGCCAGAUGACUUUCUUAAGUGUAGUUCCUUGGAGAUGGGAUCACCACCACUAGAAAUUCUGAAUCUCUCUAUCUCAGAGGUAGCAGUUCCUCAAGUAAGCGAGGACAAUGACAGUGCUUUGAAUUUGGUAAAAACUCCAACCUCAGGGUCCCCCUCAAGGGAUCAGGUAGUUGGAGGCAAUAUGGGCCCUCAGGAAAUGCCUGAACAAGAAGCUGCAGUUGACGUCAUCCCAGAGCACACAAGGUCCGGUGUUCAUGACUAUAACGGCCAGGGCUACCUGAAUGGAUGAAUCAUUGGGUUUUAGCAAUUGGACCCCAGCUGAUCCAAGAC